GUCCCUCCCGCGAGUGUCUCGGGAGCGGGAGAGCGGGGCCCCGGAGCUGGGGAUCCAGCGCGGCCGGGGUGUUGCUGCUUUAUUAUCGAUAUUUAAACUUUUUGCAGGCCUGUGGGCUACGGAGUUGUAAAAUUCGUUAAUUAAGCAAGAAGUGUGUGGGGAGGGCUACCAAGGAACGUGAGCGAAAGCAGCUCCUCGUUUGUCAAAGCUACUUCAUCCUCUGGGUGCUGUGGUUUUCAAAGGCGGCUUCCACCUAAUGUUUACACUUCUCGUGAGUUGUAAAGAAGUGCUCGAAUCCUUUAAUGAACUGUUUACAUCCUUACCAGAAAUGACCACCCCAAACAAGACACCACCUGGUGCUGAUCCAAAGCAGUUAGAGAGGACUGGUACUGUUAGAGAAAUAGGCUCACAAGCGGUUUGGUCCCUUUCAUCCUGUAAGCCAGGGUUUGGAGUGGAUCAGUUACGAGAUGAUAAUCUAGAAACUUACUGGCAGUCAGAUGGAUCACAGCCUCAUUUGGUGAACAUCCAAUUUAGAAGGAAGACAACGGUGAAGACACUGUGCAUUUAUGCAGACUACAAAUCUGAUGAAAGUUACACUCCAAGCAAAAUCUCUGUCAGAGUAGGAAAUAAUUUUCAUAAUCUCCAGGAAAUCCGGCAACUUGAACUAGUGGAACCAAGUGGCUGGAUUCACGUUCCUCUGACAGACACUCACAAGAAGCCAAUUCGCACCUUCAUGAUUCAAAUUGCUGUUCUAGCUAAUCACCAGAAUGGAAGGGACACUCACAUGAGACAAAUCAAAGUGUACACCCCGGUGGAAGAGAGCUCCAUUGGUAAAUUCCCUCGAUGUACAACAAUUGAUUUCAUGAUGUAUCGCUCCAUAAGAUAGAGCUUCCUACGGAGAAAUAAUAAAGGCCUUUUUUUUGACUGCAGUAUCAUUGCUAAAGUAUUCAGAUACUUAAAGAGCAGGAUUUACUUCAGUGUGAUUGUAUCUUUUAUGUUUAUACUUUGUACAAUUUUGAAAUAAAGAUAAUACUGUGUUACAAUAUAUUGUAGUCUGUAAUUUUGCAUAACUUGUCCUUGCAGUCUGAGUGCUCUUGUAUUAUCUGAGAGGAAAAAAAUCCCAGACACUUUUAAAAGAACAUAUUUGACUGGGAAUCAGUAAUUGAUUUAAUAUAGGCAUUUUUGGAGAGUGAUUUCUUCCCCUAAUGAUUAUGCCUGGAAAUAGUUUGUUCUACAGUGCUCCUGUUUGUUCUUUUACCUAAAAGGUGCUCAUUUUAAAGAGCAUUCUUCUUGAAUAAGACAUGGUUUAAAGACACUGCCAGUAGUGUUUUCCCAUCAUUGUUUAUGCUAAUAUGUUAUACCCUUUUCUGUAUAGGAUUGCUUCUGCUUAAUGGCUGUCUGGAUGGAUUUAGCUUUCUUUGUAAGUGCCAAAUAGAUCCUAGAACCAUAGAAUAUCUCAAGUUGGAAGGGAUUUAAAAGGAUCAGCGAGUCCAACUCCCUUCUUCUUCCCUUCUAAAACUAAACCAUAUGAUUUAAGAGCAUUGUCCAGAUGCUCCUUGAACUGUGACAGGCUCAGUGCCAUGACCACUUCCCUGGGGUGCCUGUUCCAGUGACUGGUAACAAUAAUGUUUAGUAUAUACAUUAUUAUAGAUAUGAGUAUGUCAUUAUUAUAUGAUAGCUGUUCAAAACAGGAGGAGAGUUCAGAAUGCUCUGACAUCCUACAGUAAUGUAGGAGUGAAUUUGGAACCCAAUGAACCUCUACAGUACUGAGAACUCAAGUGUAUAACACAAGAUAAUCUCAGACUCAUAGCACAGAAUUUUUUUAAUGUGUUUUAAAGUAAAGAGCAUUGCAAGGAAAAUGCAGGCUUUGUCUACUUGCUUGUGAGUAGGAAUAUCUAACACCUUUACUAAUGUCUCCUAAUUACUAGUUAUUUAAUCUUUUAAAAAAUUGAGGAGAUUUUAGAAAGAAAGGUUGUUGAAGUACAAGGGUUUCUAUUGCAAUGUUCAACACUGAUCAGACCUGUCCCUCCUAGCACUGUAAAAGCUGAUGGUCAAUCCAGACUAAUCUCAGCCAAGGAAAACUUUUGACACUUCUUAAUUGUGAGUGAGGAAAGGCUACUAAUAUAGGAGGCUCAUCAAACAGUGAUAAGGUUGUCAAAGAAGGGUGAAGAUUUAGCUGUUGAAAUCAUUUAUAUACCUCACAAAGCUGUUGUUGACUGAAAAGUUUUGUCUAUGGCUGAAUUCUGCAGUCUUUAGGAGGGUCAUUGAGCAGGGCAUUUAGUGAUGAUGAACCUUGUAGAAAAGUGCAUGACUAGUUUGAGUUUUCUAUUUAAAUGUGGAUUCAGUCAUUUCACGAGGCCUUUAAUGGUAGUUUAGCUUUCCAUGUAUCAACUGCAGAAUUCCUGCUCAGCAGAAUCUGGUCUAACUCAUGCCUUUCACCAAGUCUGUCAGUCCAGUGGAUUUUAUUUUAUAUAGUGUAAAGGACUGGUUCAUUGCUAUUCACUUAAGCAAUGGAAGCAAAAUAUGUACCAUUUCAUAUUUUUCUGUUAAAAAAACAACUCCCUCUCCCCCCCGGAUUUAUUUAUCUAGUUGUUUUCGAUAAGUUAUGGAUAGACUUGUAAGAAAGGAAAUUAUUAGGUGUGGAAUUUUCCUAGUUUUCCCCCGAAGUUAAAAUGGCCAUUGUUUAUUUUAGCUUUCUAUUUUCAAGCCAGUGAUUCUACCACAGACAAUUCUUUGGUAAUUCUGAUCUUUGGUCAGUAACAUUUAUCUUUUAAUUGAAAGAAACUUUAAAGUAUUCUUUUCUCUUAGAUAUCACUUGUAGGGUGAAUUGUAAGUUAAUAUUUCUCUGUGACAAACAUUAUCCAGUAAACUAGGAAAAAGCACGUCAGCACAGUCUUGUUGGGCCUAUUUCCUCCCUGCCUUAUUUUUGUAGGCAUCAUUUUUGGAUCUUUAGAGAGCUAUUCUUGCUUUUACUGGUUUUUUUUCAGGGCUCUGAUGUUCAUACAUUUAGAUGGUUUCUAAAUUGUUACUUCUGACAGUCUAGUUGAAUAAACUGAAACCUAGCUUGAAUACUUAUCCUGCUCUUCCAAAAUCCUAGAUGGUGUUCUAGCGGUUUUAAAAACCUGUGGAUACCCCUGUUAAACAGGAUGAUGCUAAGCUUUACUGUUGAGGAGGGAAUCUGUACUUGCAAAUUAAAUUUAAUGUAGGGGGUUUUUUGUAGAUAUUAAAGUGUACAAGGUUCUGUAAAGGUUAAGGCUACAGUUACACUUUGUUCUUCUGUCACCACCAGAUCCGGUCUGAAGCUGCACAUUCCCAUAUUUUGUUUCUCCUUUAUUGCCAGCAAUUACCAUCCCCAUGGUUGAACCUCUUCAGAUGCUUCCAUUGCUGUUCACUAAACAGUUGGAUCCUCAGUUCUUCCUUGGCCCUUUAAAAUAAGUAUAGUCUUAGUAUUGGGUGAAAGCAAGUAAUCUGUGGUCAGACCCUGGGAGUGAACAGAGUUGUGAUGAAGAGAGUGGGAGCAGAUUAAAAGGGAGAGUGCAACUACUGACUCCUUCAACUGCUGCUGGCAAAAUUACAUGUGACCAUGCCUGAAAGACAGUAUAAAAAUGCAAACUCAUUUGAUGUUCAGUGUCACUUGGAAACGAGUGCAGUGGCCAUUGUAGACCCAUAUUAAGUAUUUUCUGUGUUGCUUUGUAACAGUUGUGUAUACAUUGCUUUGGUAUUUAACAUCUGUGGAAUUACAUUCGAUUUUAACAUUUUUGGUGCCUGGUUACAUAGGGCUCCUGACUUUUUCAGCAAUGAGAUCUUGGAUGACUGUGUCUGAACAUAAAGCAGCAAGUUACUGCCGUUGUGUAUUAAUACAAUGCUUAGUAUUUGAUUUGGGACAAACAAACUGGUCUGCCAAAUCAUUGCAGGAAGUUCCUACACAUGUGCAUUGUUUUUAGCUGCUACUUUUUUUCCAUGAUCAUUAUUUUCAGACACACAGUUGUCUGGAACCUUACCACUCUCUCUUUUAUAAGAAACAUCUGAUAAAUACUGAUUAGUAGAAGUAAUAUUGAAAUAAAUGACAGACAAGAUGGAAGAUGUAUUUGUUCUAAGAAAUCAUGACUUGGCAGUCAUCUAAAUCAUUACUUCAAAUAGGAGUAAUUUAGGGAUUUUAAAACUUCUUGUUGAAGAUACCAUACUAGGCCUUUCUGCCUUGCAGAACAGAAGUUUGAUUCCUCAUACGAGUGAAAAAACCCUUCCUUUUAAUUAAGCUUUAGCUUAUUUCUUUUGUAGACACUAAGAAUAGAGAGGUAACUGAGGGCCCAGGAUCUUGAGGAGCUCCUGUUGAAAUAAACAGGAGUAACUGUGUUUUGAUUAAGUCAUGUCUGUGUAUCUUCUUAGCAACACAGUGUAAACAAAAAAGGCAGAUGACAGGAGAGGAAGAAAAGAGGUAUUUGCUGCUCCUGGUUUCUAAAAUGGAGAACAGCAAAACAUUUAUGUUUUGUUUAAGCUCACAUAAGGAAUCUCUGGCAGAGCUGAAAGUUGAAGCCAUAUCACCAUUGUCCAUCUUCUCUUUCACUGUGAAGCUGAUGUUCAGAUAAUUAUGCUGUUUUAAAGACAAAUUUUUCAGUAAUGCAAUUUCUGUAUGUAAUUCCAUUUUGAAAUUUAAACUCUAUUUUGGCUUUUGCUGCUCUAGUUUAGUCUGUAGGGGAGAUAUUUUUGCCAUCAUGCUGACUAUAGAUGCACAACUCUUCAGCUGCUUGCUCUUACCUUACCAAAAAGGCAUAGCAUACUUUUUAGUGAAAGAGGGAUAAGCUGCCUUAGAUUUUAUAUGGGACACUUGAUGAGAUCCGUAGUAGCUUACAGUCUGGUUUGAAGAGCUGUGUACAUGCCAUUUUUCCAUGCUUUGUUUGGUGUAAAUGUAGAAUACUGGACUUUUAUUGAUUUUUUUUUUUUUAAUAGCUGCCCUGUAUAUGAGGCUUCAGGUGUCUCUCACACAGACAGUUACUUAGACAUGAGUGACCUGAGUAAAGCGUCACUUGUCAGUCAGUUCUCUAGUUACCCUGAUCUUCACAGAUAGGCAUGCUGCUAAGCUGGGGUGUGCUUGGAGCUGUAAUUCAAGCUUGAGUUAGUGAUAACCCACCAUGAAGACUCAGACUAGAUGUUUACUGAACAGUUGGCAUGUAGGUACCUGUCUGAGAAUCAAAGGCUUAAUCUGCCAUGAACGCAGUAUGAGAGAUGGACUGAAGUGAGUUUUAACUGUUGCUACUUGUUUUUCUUCAUCUGUGUUAAAACAGUUUAAGGGAAGUAAUUGAAACGUUAUUUAGGCUUGAAAUCUGUUUAUAUACUAGAGAGAGAGCCAGCUGUUCAGAUCACCAUCUCUGAUUAGCAGAAAUGCGCAAAAAUGCGUUAACUUGUGCAUAACAAAUGAAGUGAUGGAAGAGACUGAAGGACCAUGGAGAGCUACCAGUUAGUGGCAAAGCAAGCCAUUACUUGACGUAAUAGAGCAAGCCACACUUCUAGGCAGCAGGCCAUUGCUAGAACAAUCCCCACCUUUCUCAAAGCAAUAGCCAGGAAUAAUUGUAGAUGUUUGGACUCAAGAACUGCAAGUGAAACAGAUGCUCAGGCAAUUUAUGCCUGCACUUGUUGAAGUAAGUUGGGUGCUACAACCCCAAGUACCACUUGAAGAAAGCCAGAGUGACAAGACUGGAUCUAGUAAUCAGAGCUGGAUUGUAUUACAUCCUAUAAAGAAUGAAGGAGAGUCAGAAGCUGGUGGAGUAAACUUCUCAGGAAAUCACAAAGACUUUAGACAUUUGUCAACCAUAAAUAUGUGUCUUUGUUCCACUUUACUCUGCACUGGUGCAGCCUCACAUUGAGUACGGUGUGCUGUUUUGGCACCACAAUAGAGAAAAGACAUUAGGCUCAUAAAGAGUGUCCAAACAAGGGCCACGAGGAUGGUGAAGGACCUUGAGGGGAAGCCAUGAGAGGGAGCGGCUGAGGGCACUGUUCAUCUUCAGGGAGAGGAGACUGAGGGGAGACCUCACUGCAGUUACAACUUCCUCAUGAGGGGAAGAGGAGGGGCAGGCACUGAUCUCUGCUUUAUGGUGACCAGUGACAGCACCCAAGGGAGUGGCCUGAAGUUAUGUCAGCGGAGGUUCAGCUUGGGUAUCAGGAAAAGGUUCUUCCCCCAGAGGGUGGUUGGGCACAGGAACAGGCUCCCCAGGGAAGCGGUCACAGCACCGAGCCUGCCAGAGUUCAAGAAGCAUUUGUACAAGGCUCUCGGGUACAUGGUGUGACUCUUGGGCUGUCCUGUGCAGGGCCAGGAGCUGGACUCGAUGAUCCUGAUUUGUCCCUUCCAAUCCUGCAUAUUCUGUGAUUCUUUGUUUCAAAAUGGUCAGUGGGUUUUUCUAUAAGCCAUAUUUUCAGGAUGGAUCUGGAUUAGUAAUAUACAAAGCAAGAGUUCAUUGCUCUGACAGAUCUAAAUGUUAUCACUGUUACUGUGUUUUGAUAUGCAAAUGAAUUAUGGAGAUAAUUUUUAGUGGAUGUUUUUCUUGAAUUUACCAACCAGCUCUGCAGCUUUAAUAGAAUACAUCUGAAUUCUUCGGAAUCAUUGGAGUGACAUCAGCAUGUAGAGAAAUACAGUUUUGGGGCUCUGAAGAGUAUGUGGUUGUUAUAAUGUGCGGUAGAGUGCUGUGUUUCAAGAGCCCGACUUGUUUAAUUAGUGGUAGCCUUUUGGCUCUUAUUCCUGAAUUUUGUCAUGUGUUAAUUGUUAAUUAACACUGAUGCAUUGAUUACAAGAAUACUUUGUAUUCCUUUGCAUGUAUACACAAAAUAGCUGUUUAUUUAAUAUUUAACUACCACAAUAUUUUACUCCUUUAAUUAAAGGCAAUGGGGUUUUGCUGGAGCAUGAGAUAAUAAUCUAAAUGCAAUUAAAAUGUUCGUAGUAUUAAGAGCAUGUCCCUCCAAAGAUGGAAUUGCUGAGGCUUCCAGGCAAAGGUAUUGGGUGGUCUGCUGUUGGUUUGGAAUACUUAAGUGUUCUGUUUUAGAUCAGAAAGGUGUUAAGGUGCUUUUGUAAAGCUGCACAAACCAUCAUUAAACAUUCUUCAUGGAAGUAAAUUUUAAAUAAUUCCUCAUGUGACAUAUUUGCUGUAGUUCAGGCUGACAUUUCAACGAGCUGUUUUACGUCAGCCUAACAAUUAGCUGUGACAGUUUCUCCAUUUGCACCAAAGAAUAAACAUCUCUUGCAGCCAGUCAACAGUAUUAGUGUGGUUUAGUUUAAUGGAAGAGUAGAAAAACAACAACCCCAAAACCCAAGUAAUGAAAAUUAUGCUAAUACUUGAUGCUGCUAGAGGAUAUAAUCCAGACAUAAUUACAUAUGAAAUGAGAAAGUAAAUUUUGGAUCACUGAAAACAUUAAAUACCUGAACUCUGAUCCCACUGAAGUGAAUUACCACUAUUAAUUAUAGUAGGGAACAGUUUAGCCAAUAUUUAAUGCUUUAAUUCAUGUAGAUUAAAUAGGAUCAGUGACUUCCUAGUUAUAUAGAUUAAAAAAAGGUCAACCUGGUGAAUGUUUUGAAAAUUGCUUUCUCAAAUGCUUCUUUCAAUAUACAAAACUCCUAUAGGAGUAAUUUCCAGACAUGUGCAAUGUAACAUUGAACAUGUCAUUUUAAAAUUGGAAGGUAAAAAUCCCUUGUAUAAGAUGAAAGCAUCAGAGCUCUGCAACACUUCUGAUUUGGGACAGUUUAUUUAAUUCAGGGAAAUAACCUCAAAAGAAAUUAUAACAUGAGUAAAAACAUUUAAACCUAAUAUAAAUUUAGUUGAUUAAUAAAUUCAAACAAAAUGAGAUUUGUUAAAAAAACCCACUCUUCUAACUGAAGGUGCUACUGAAUUAAAAGGAUUAUUUAACAUUCUUGAAUGUUUAAUAUUAUUCCUGAUAAGGCUGAUAUUACCAGGGUGAAACCAUCUAGCUUACAAAAUGGACCAAACAAAAUACCUAAUGGCUGUUUCAUUUCAAGAUUUACCAUAUUUUUGUACUGGAGUUUCACAUUAUCUGUAAUCUGAAGCAGCAGAGGAGAAAGUGUCUAUAAAUUUGAUUCUCAUUCACCCUAGAAAAAGCACAAUCGUGACAAGCAAUGUAUUUAUGAGAAAGUAAUGUUUAGGCAUUGUAAUUAGAAAACACCUAGUGAAAGGAAUUGUCUUGUUUUCUACAUUUGUGCAUUUCCUUUAAAAAUGCCUUUAUCACUUCAUUUGAACUGCUUAGAAAACUGAAGUGAAAAGUGAGCCAUUAAAUUCUUACCUCUCUUUCACAAAAGGUUUUAUUUAUCUGUUUUUCUACACAGCUGCUUCAGGUUGCUCUCCUGCUGCCAUUGAAAAAUCUGUGUAAAGUAAAUAGGUGUUCAUUCUGGUGCUUCAGAGUAGAAUCUUUAAUCGGGGACACACCUCCCUGAAGAGAAUUUCCACUCUUGGGAAUAAUAAGCCCUCAGAAUCUAAUUCUUCUAUUGUCUUUCAAUUCACAUUUAUGUUUUCUUGGGUGUGAUUUUUGUUUUUUAAAAAAUGUUUUAUCUUUAAACCCAGUGUAAUUUUUUAUAUAAGACCUACUGCUAGACCAGGAUCUUGUGACAGCUUGUAUUCAGUAUUAAAGCUUAUUCUACUUUUAGUAAAGACUAGCUUUAAGUAUUUCAAAUGUUAGACUUUAUCUGUUGCAGAUACUACUUGCCAUAAUUUGGCAGUUGACAGUGUAGAAUUUACAGCACUUUCUAAAGUUACAUUUUUCCAUUGGAAAACCACCAAUGUGAUUGUUAGUUUAAAGGGACAAAUGUUUAAACCAAACCCUUAGUGUGUGGAAAAGCUUACAGGCUAUUGUUAAUUUUCUAGCAGAGCUAGGUAAUCUUUCAUUACAAGUUAUGUAUAUCUUCAUUAUGUUUGAUUUUCUAUCCUUUAAUUUAUUGAAAAACCAGGAAAGAGUCUUUAUAUUCUAUUGCUUCUCAAUUAAGUCUCAAGUUAUUCUAAAUCUUCCUAGUGUAUAGAUAUAUAAAUCUCAGUGGAAGCACAUGUACCACGUGUUCAGAUAUUGCUGCAUCUGACAUACCCAAUCCCAGUGUAUUUUCAUACUUUUAUUCAUAUUUUUUAAGCCCCACAAUAAAGCAGUGAUGUAGGUAAUCCCAAAAUAAUCUUUCUUUUAAUUUUUGUUUUCUUCCCUAACCUCGGGGUUUUAGCUCCAGUAGCAAUUUGCCUUUAAUUCUUCCCUGUUUGUGAUGUUUUUCUGUUUUGUUUUAUUUUCUUGAUUUUCAGAUUUUUUGAAGGCUUGUUAUCAAGCAGUUGUACUUCUAGAAGGAGUUUAUUGGGCUAUACCUGAAAAAACAUCACAUGAUUUGGCUAUGGUAUUUAUCAACAAAGUCAUCCCUAGAUCUCUCAGAAGCAUUAUUUUCUGAGUAUAUAAUUUCCUUCAAAUGUCUGUUUAGACUGCUUUCCUCCAGAUACUGUAAUUUUCAUAUCUCCCCGAUGGAAGAAUUAAUUGUCUUUUCGUGUUAACUUAAACCAGUGGAACAGUGGAAGCGAGGAGAGAAUCAGGUCUUGCAUAGUAAAUGAAAAAAAGAUUGAUUUACAUAUCUUGCAAAGUUUGCAAUGACAGGUUUAUCUAUGUUGUAAAAAAAUCAGGAUUAUCUAAAAUGUUUCUGCAGUCCUCCUGUUCCCAUAAAUGAUAAUGCCUCUCUUGUGUAAUUAUGUAUUCUUUUUUCCUCACCUUAUUUUAGGAAUGAAUCAAAAUAGCAUGGUGAAAGGAGUCUGUUACUUCUGGCUCAUCUAGAAAUUUGAAAAAAUAUACAGUGAACAAGGUGAAGUCUUGCAGAAAGGGAGGACAUGUUUUUGUGAUUAAGACAAAUUGCUCUUCUGGAAAGUUGGACUCCAUCUUUAUUUUCUCACACAAUGACUGUGGCAAAGUCACUUGAAUAUUUUCUUAGGUGAUCACUAAUUGUCUGUUUCUUGGAGGUUUUAUUAUGAAUGCCCUGGUUCAGAUUUUCUAAAGUAUUAGUGAAAGUACUUAGCAUUGUCAGAUGUUGCUGAAGGCAGAGGUUUGCUUGAAUCCUUCAUUCUAGUCCAUGGACAAGGUGUCCUGUUUAAAAAAACCUAAAUCUUUGAACUAAAACCAACAUAAUUCACUAACGGAGAACAAAAGCUUGCAUUCUAUUAGUUGAUUUCUCUGAGUUCUGAUGGCAGCCCUAAAUUUUUUGCUGUACAGGUCGCUGUCUCUGUACCCAGCUUCACUCGUUUGAAGUGCUUGUUUCCUCCCCAGUUUUCAAACUGGGCCCAGUGUCAUCUCCAUGCCAUGAGUGCUUUCCCUCCCCAGCCUUUGGUGUUCCCUUCACUCCCAUUCUCCUUCCCCAGAGCUCUCAUCUGUCUCUGACUCUUCCCUGUAGUCACGGUAGCAGGAUUUUGUAUCCUGCUUAGUAAUACAUUUUCUCACCCAAUGCCUGUUUCCUCAGUUUCCUUCCCGAUUCCCCAAAUUUUUCCAUUUCCUCCCCCCCGCAAAUCCUGAAGAUUUUCCUUUCUUUCCCAGCUAGUCCCAACUAAUACCACAUGCUUCUUCCUCACAUUGCAUAAUACAUAUUCUGCCUGUCACCUCUCCUGCCAUCCUGCUGAAGUAGCAACAUGAUGAGAUUAUUGAGAGCACAGGGAGAGACUUUUCUGCUUUGGGUUAUGAUAGUCAACCCAGCCCAAGGAUACAAUACCUGGAAGCAGCAAUUACAAAAAGGUGACUCUGCCUCAUAGCUUCACACCAAAUCAUGUUUGGGGUUGUUCUGUGGGGUGUGCGUUUUUAGGGUUGGCCAAAAUUGGGCAGACUUUCAUAAAUGGUUGUGUGUAUAUCUUCUCUCUCUCUUCCUGUCUCAUUUCAGAAACUUUACUGUAAAGCAUUUGAGUGCUAAAAGUUUCCAAAUAAAAGAUUGUGAGAGUAUUUCGCUGAAAUUGCUGAAUAGUUUUGGCUGGAGUUUUCAAAAAUAAAUUCAGCCUGAGGUAGACAGUUGGUAUGGGAAAUUUCAGCUAACAGAGUUGCAAUUUGAUUAAGUUUUGAGAAACUUGGAAGAGAUUUGUGAGGUAAUUAACCCUGGGUAAUGUUACACAUUUCACCAAAUAGCAUCCUCUGGGCAAUAUGCUUUGUCACUUAGUGUGGACCUUUCCCUUUGCUUUAAAAUUGACUCUCUAUAGAAACUAGCUAAGCUUCAGCACUUUAGAAGAGCUAUUUUUAUUUGGAUUUUAUAGAGUCAAAGAGUUUUUAAAAUAAUUUAUUUGCAUCCCUAGACUAGUUUGAAGUAACUUUCUACAUUGGUAAAGCCUGCCAGCGGCAUUUGUACUGAAAGUAUCUCUGUUCUUCUAUACUUGUUUAUAGCUUCCACCAGGGAUUUGUGCUAGAGUAGCACUGUCCCAGAGUUAGCUCUCUUAGAGGGUUUUAACCUACCACUGUCUGUAGCACCACACUGUGAAUCUGCUUCCCUGGCGUGCAGUCUGUGUGGUAAUAAACUCCUCCUGCCCAGUUUUCCUUAACUGCUUGUGUGAGCCUGACUUAUUCACACUCUUGUUUUUCAAGCUCUGUCAUUAUUAAACUUUUCUUUAUUCUUUUUUACCCCCUCCCACAGCUUUGCACUGGGUUUCAACCCAGGCUUACCUACAUUACUGGAGGCCUUUUUUGUGGCUAAUUGAUGGUUCUUGAUUCCUAGUGUAUGCUGUGACCUGCUAAAUCUAUUCAAAACUGUUAAAAAGCCAGUUUCUUCUGUCAUACAAGGUUCUCUGUGCUAGAUAGAUGUUCCAGCCAUCUUUACUGUCUCAAAGUACAAGUAUCUGCCUGGCCUUCAAAUGCAAGACUUAAUACUGCAUAUCAGGGCUAUCAGGAGUUCCUAAACUCAACCUCCUAAAUCCAAAAUCUCUGCUGAAGGCAAGAAAGUACUUGACAAAGACAAUUCUGAUAAUAUGGAGCCUUUCUGUGCUCUGGUGAUCUUGAAGAACUCAAAACAAAAUGAAAGCAGCCAAAAAAAAAAAAAAAAAAAAAAGGGAGAAAAAACCCCAACUGUUUAUCCUGGAAGAUAAUUAAGGCAUAGAAAGUUUUUCCCCCACCACCUAAUUCACCUAAUUAGCUCCUAUUACCUUGUGGACGGGUGAGUCAGGAUAGAGAGGAGUGCUACCUCAAGACAAAUUUCUUCAUUGAAUGUAAUGUCUUGUUUCACACACCUGUUAAGAGGCAGUCUGCUAAAAACUGAGCAAUGUCAAAUUAACUGAUUAAAAUCAAGAAUACCAUGGAGUGAGUAGGGAUUAAUUUUAUUCCCCCUCCCCAAGUCUUUUCAUAACAAGAAAGAGGGGAUAUGAAGUUAUGUCAGCAGGUAAGAAGUCCAAAAUAACUAAAAGAAUAUUGUUCUCAAAGCUGUAUUCAACCUGAAACAGGUUGUAGGCAUUUAAAAUAUUUGCAUAGUUUAUAAACAGGACUGAACAAAGUUAUGGAAGAAAAAUCAUUUGAAGCUUAAGAAAUUCCAAAAGACAGGCCAUAAAUUGUUGGAGAUGUCUGUAGUACUGGGUGAAAUACCAUUCCACUCUUCCCUAGGCAGUUGAUUGCUGGCAUUGGUCUAUACCAGUUCCUUUUUAGGAACAGAAUGGUGUCAAGCCCUAACAAGACCAAACAACUUUUGCUUGGAAAGGGAUAAAGAAAACAAAAGUUUGGAGCAACAAAGUGACUACAGGGUACAACAAAUGUGGUAAAAGGAAGGUCUGUUAAAUUCAAAGUGUCAAAGAUGAAAAAACAAGGUUUUUCCUCUGCUGUUCAGAGCACCCUCCAAAGCACUAGGAAGUGUUUGAAAAUAUUGAAGGACCUGAUGGAUACUUCCCUGGGCUUCUGUCAGGGACAGGUAGUUGAACUAAAUGGACCUUGUGGUUUUACUUGUUGCUGCCACUUGUACAUUCUUCAGUGGUUAAGUUCUUGAACAUUUAGUUGAUGGCAAAAUUUGUCUAGAAUGUGAAACCAACAUUGUGAUUUGAUAAUUAAGCAUUGCAUUUCUCUAACCCCAAAAAAUCAGGGAGGACUAUGUUAAAGAAAGAAGGAGGGGAAAAGACACUGUCUGUUUUCUCAUCACAGUACCCUGAGAAAAUAUUUAGACUGUUAUAUAACCUUCGUAAUGUUGUGUUCUAUAAAAUUGGCAAGAGCUUGGUUCUUAGUCUGAAUGCUAUGCUUGUUUUGAAAUUUAAAUAAUAAACAAUUUAUAUAUGUAUAUAUUUUAGCUUUAAAAUCACAUUUUGUCAGAUUUGGCUUAUGGUGGAAUCAGCACUCUGUCCAUCCAGUGAAAAUAUGAACAGGACCACACAAAAUGCUUCCACUGUGUCAUUACUUUUAUGGCUGUUCCAUUAAAAUAAACUCCUUGCCACAAAACUUACUUGUCAUUUCCCGCUUCUCAAAAAUAUCAUAAAUAGUGCAGUUUCUAAAGCUUUUCCACUUCUAGCCUUGGUAUCUACUUGACUGUAUUUGCAGCAGAUCCCUUUAUAUUCCUUCCUUCCAUUCCUUUUCCACCACGUACAAUACUGGAUCUUUAAAAUACUUAUUAAAUGCACUUUUUGGCUAGUACUGCUUACAACUAAACCUAGGCUAGUCAGAUAGUGUCAUAUUCAUCUUGGCUUCUGUCAUGAUAGAUUCCAAAUAGAAAGUGCUUUACAUCCUAAUGAAUGUACUCUUCUGUUCAUGCCUACUUUUGAGAUAAAUUCUUGCAUUGUAUCUCGCUUCUGGUUGCAGGAUGCUUUUUCUUUUUCUUCUGGAUUUUAUAGCUUGCUGAGUUCCACUGAAAUAAAAAGACUUUAUGGUGAUUUGUUGGACUGGAUAA